AUGCCUGUGUUUAUUGGCAAGGUUAUAAGCAGAGGUGAACUCGACUUUUUGAGAAUUUCUCAAGUUUUCUCUGCUAAUUUCCAAGUUUUAGCUGCAUUUUUGCGCGAUCGCCCUCGUGGUCUCGGCCUUCUGCAACUUCCAACUGGUAUGACUGAUGAACGUUCGGCACCAUUUUUCCCAAACCUUUAUAUGGCCGGAGAUAAAGUACGCCGUCCUAGAAGCUGGGCAGAAGCCGGUAUCUGUACCAGAUGUGCAUCUUCCUGGUCAGUUGGCAGAGUUCACUGGGCGGUAAAAACCGAGAUAUAUCUGGGAUGUGGACGAUCCUUAGGCCAUCUUGACCUACCAAUCCUUGGAGUGAAUGAGUUAUUCGAUCUGGAUGGCCGACUAAUGCUCAAAGGCCAUCUUGACCUACCAAUCCUUGGAGUGAAUGAGCUAUUUGAUCUGGAUGGCCGACUAAUGCUCAAAGGAGGCGGAAAUGGUAUUCUUAACAGCGCCCUGGAGUUCCCUCUUACUCUAUCGGAUCCUAAUGAACGUGCACCUUACACAUUCAAGUAUUUGAACUAUAUGGCCGAUCGACAUAUGCAAUAUGGUCAUGUUGUCCCAAAUGUCAAUUUGUUCCUUGUUGGGAAGGACAAGAUUAUGGAUCCUCCAUUCAUACGAGAUCGUCCCAGAGGACUUGGUCUUUUACAGCUACCUACUGGUAUGACAGAUGAGCGAUCAGGUCCCUUUUUCCCAAAUCUUUACAUUGCUGGAGACAAGUUAAAUUUCAACCUUAUUGGUGGUUACCAAUGUAACUUCCUUCUUAACGUCCAGGCAGGAGAAAAACCGAUGAGUGUCCCCGACGUGCAUCUACCCGGACAAAAAGCCGAUUUUAGUGGACGCUCAGCUUUCAACCCUUUCACGCAUGCUGUUGCCGCUGUAUUCAAUGAAGAUCUUGUCGACUCAUGGGGUACUGGAUUUGCUGUUAAUGGUGUAAAUAAUCACGAUCUUCAAGUACGAAGAAAUUUCGACCAGCUCGCUGAUAUCGCUUUGGAUAGAAAUGAUGGCAUGCAUCAACCCUCAGCUUUCAAUCCCUUCACCCAUGCUGUUGCUGCUGUAUUCAAUGAAGAUCUUGUCGACUCAUGGGGUACUGGAUUUGCCGUUAAUGGUGUAAAUAAUCACGAUCUCCAAGUACGAAGAAAUUUUGACCAAUUCGCUGACAUAGCUUUGGAUAGAAAUGACGGCAUGCAUCAGCCAUUCCUUACCGCUUUUUCAGUCGGAUCAGAGUAUGAUAUGUCCAAGAUCAAAGAAAUUUCUGGUCAUCUGGAUUUGCCCAUCCCUGGAGUAAACGAGAUGUUUGAUUUUGAUGGGCGACUAAUGGUUAAGGGUAAGUGCAAUAAUGGCACAGAAGCUUGGUUUUACGCAGUUGAGAAAAGCAUUUUUAGAAAAAUUAACUUUUGA